CUGGGCCCUCUUGUUUGCUUCCUGCUGACAUGAGGCAUCUUCCCCAGAGCUGGCUGGGAGCCACAGCCCAGGAGCAGACUAGCUAUCUUUGGGGAACAGCCCCCAAAGCUAAUCUUCCUUUAAGCUUAGCCCUCUGGGCUACAGAGUGGCAGGCAGGCUCUGAGAAUCCCUCCCACCUCCCAGUAUGGGACAUGGGUGUUUCAGUGUGAUCUCUGCCACUGCCUCUCUCACUGCGCCCCUGGCUCUUCCUUCGUAUAUAGUCAUCAGAUUUGUCCAACUCUUGUGAGGCCCUGCCAAGAGCAGAAUGCAUGAGACCCUGACUGCAGACACACGCUCCUGUGGAGGCUCUCCCUGCCUUUCUGGGUGAGAGGGCAGGACUCCACCUCUGAUGAGCGCUGCUCCCAGCCCUGCCUUAGUUGCCUGGCAACAGCUCGGCGUCUCUAGCCAAGGAGACACACUAUGGCCGGUGGCAGGGCAGCAGCCAAGAGGGUAGUGGUGUACCGGAACGGGGACCCCUUCUCCCCAGGCCACCAGCUAGUGGUGACUCAACACCGCUUCCCCACCCUGGAGAGCCUCUUCUGUGAGGUGACAACAGCUGUGCAGGCCCCACUGGCUGUGCGGGCUCUCUACACGCCUUAUCAUGGCCACCCUGUCACCAGCCUGGCAGACCUGCAGAACGGAGGGCAUUAUGUGGCUGCUGGUUUUGAACAAUUCCGCAAACUCCCCUAUUUAUCCCCUGGGAGGAAGGAUCCAGGUGGGACGAGCAGCAGACCACCAGGUCCUCCCGUGACUCACGAGCCGUGUGAUGGGGCCCUUGGCCGGCAGCUACCUGCAGGUUCCCCCUGCUAUAUCCAUGUGUUCAGGAAUGGAGACCUGUUAAGUCCCCCGUGUAGCCUGAAGCUGUCCCAGACGGCCAGCGAGGACUGGGAAGCAGUGUUGAAGCUCCUGACCGAGAAGGUGAAAUUACAGAGCGGGGCUGUGUGCAAACUCUGCACCCUGGAGGGGCUCCCACUGUCAGCACCGGAGGCUCUGGUGAGUGGCCAUUACUACGUGGCCGUCGGAGAGGAUGAAUUCAAGGCCCUCCCGUAUCUGGAACUGCUGGUACCUAGCCCCUCACUGCCCAGGGACCGCUGGCAUCCCCCAGACCCAAAGUCCAGGGCCCACAAGCAGAGGGCACCAGCAGCGUUCAAACCCAGCCCAGGAACAGAGAAGGGAAGAACAACCAGCACCGCUGGCCACACAACACAGGUGACCCAGUCCUCUCCAAAGGCAGCCAGACAAGUUAAGCCAUGUGCUUUCCAUGCCAGACCCCAGCAGGCUAUUCAGCCAAGAAGCAGGCUCCCUACUCUCUCAUUUCCAUCAGGGACUAGCCUUAGGAAGAGCAGCACAUGGAAACUCAAAGCAAUGACAUUUCAGGGGUAGGAUUUGGAACAGAUGGGGAUGGGGGCCAAAGGCCUGCCUGUGAACUAACGUGCCACCCUCCGAGGCCACGAGGAAUGUGGAGCUAGGCUGGGGGAGGGAAGGGGGCUGGCAGAGAAGGUCAAGGGAAAGAAUGCUGAGGGCUCUUCAGCCUGAGCUCGACUCGUUGCCUCCUGCAUAGGAGUCAAGGGAGUGUACAGGGCUCCCCACCCGAGGAAGGAGACAGCAGGGGCCCAGGAAGUGGCAAAUGAUGAAAACACCCAGGCAGAGGAGCCCUUGGAUCAGGUGGGCUGGGGCUGGAGGCCGC